AGAAAAUUUAUUAAACGAUACGAAAAAGAGACACGUAGCAGAAGAGAUAACAGAGGCCGGCACCAAAUCCAAUUGACUUCCCCUUCUUCUUACUCUUCUUCUCCUUAAUUGCUAUUUAUACAACACCCAAGUAUGUUCCUCUGAGUCUCGUACAAAAACAUCACAGUUAACUCUUUCUCUAUUUUCCCCCUCUCUUCAUCACGCAAACUUCAAAACUAAGAAACACCAGAAAAUGGGUAGAUCACCUUGUUGUGACAAAAAUGGUCUCAAGAAAGGACCGUGGACAACAGAAGAAGACCAGAAACUUGUUGAUUACAUUCAGAAACAUGGGUACGGCAAUUGGAGAGUACUUCCAAAGAAUGCUGGGUUGCAGAGGUGUGGCAAGAGUUGUCGACUCCGAUGGACAAACUAUCUCCGACCAGACAUAAAGCGUGGUCGAUUCACUUUUGAAGAGGAAGAGACCAUAAUCCAACUACACAGCAUUCUUGGUAACAAGUGGUCAGCUAUUGCUUCUCGUUUGCCUGGAAGAACAGACAAUGAAAUCAAGAAUUACUGGAAUACACACAUUAGAAAAAGGCUUCUGAGGAUGGGAAUUGACCCUGUGACGCAUAGGCCAAGGCUUGAUCUUUUGGACCUCUCUUCCAUCCUAAGUUCAUCCCUUUAUGGUCCAACACACAUGAACAUCCAAAGACUCCUCGGUACACAGACAAUGGUGAACCCUGAACUUUUAAAGCUUGCUUCAUCGCUCUUUUCUUCUCAGCAUCGUGAAAACCUCAACAUGUGUGCACAAAAUUGCCAAGACAGCUUCCUCUCUGAUCCACAAAUUAACCAAAUCCCACAACACCUCGUACAAACCCAGGACUUUGCUCAACAACCAUGUCAAACACUAGACAAUACAAUGAACCCCCCUUGUUCUUCAUUGUCGAUGCCUUUCGCUCAAGAACAACACCUGGUUGAAUACCCUUCUGUUUUCCAUGACUCUUGCUUCCAACAUCAUUCUCAACCAAGCGAUUUACAGUGCAACGGAAUCGAUGCUAGCUAUGUUGCUCAAUUACCAAGCUAUAACUACCAUGGCUCUGAUUAUGACGCAAAUCUUAUGGACCCUUCUGAAUCCUCAACCUAUAACCAUUCCCAGAACUUCAGCUUUGCUUCAGUUAUGUCAACGCCUUCGUCAAGCCCCACGCCGUUAAAUUCGAACUCGACGUACGUGAAUGGAAGUAGCAGUACUGAGGAUGAGAUAGAAAGCUAUGUCAGCAGCAACUUGUUGAGAUUAAUUGAAAUCCCAGACAUGUUAGGUGUGAAUGAGUUCAUAUAAAUGUUAAUGCAUUCACAGAAUGAAACAAUCAUGUCAAACAAAAAUGGAUCAACCAAAUGAUUCAUUAAUUAAUUCCUACUAGCAUUGAUUUAUCUGGGUUUGCUAGAUAAUUGCAACGAGGGAUUGUGUUCAUACAUGUAACAUUUUUCUAUGUUUUUAAUGGUAUUGAUAGUUGACUUUCUA